AUGGCCAAUGAAGCGAGACCUUGCCCAUGUGACAUUGGAGACAGGUUUGAGUAUGGGGGCCUUGGGCAUGAAGUGCAAGUUGAGCACAUCAAGGCGUAUGUUUGCAAACCAUCUGCCAGCACGGAAAAAGCUGUGAUUGUGAUUCAAGAUAUAUUUGGAUGGCAACUCCCAAAUACCAGAUAUAUGGCUGAUAUGCUUGCAGCUAAUGGAUACAUAGCCAUCUGCCCCGACUUUUUUGUGGGAAAAGAACCUUGGAAUCCUUCUGAUGACUGGUCCACCUUUGGUGAAUGGCAGAAAACACGAGAAGCCAGAAAAACAGACAAGGAAGCUGAUGUUGUCUUGAAGUAUCUAAAGCAGCAAUGCAGUGCAAAGAAGAUCGGUGUUGUCGGAUUUUGCUGGGGUGGAAUUGUCGUACAUCACCUGAUGAUGAAAUACCCUGAGUUAAAGGCAGGUGUGUCUGUCUAUGGAAUAAUCAGGGACUCUGAUGACAGAUACAGUUUACUGAAGCCUACAUUUUUCAUUUUUGGUGAAAAAGAUGAUGUCAUUCCUCUUGACCAAGUCACCUUACUGGAGCAGAAGCUGAAACAACACUGUAAAGUUGAUUACAGAGUUAAAACUUACCCUGGGCAAACUCAUGGUUUUGUACAUCGCAGGAGAGAAGAUAUUAAUCCUCAAGAUAAACCUUACAUUGAGGAAGCAAGAAAGGACAUGAUCAGCUGGCUAAAUAAAUAUAUUUAA